AUGAAGAACUUUUGGGCUCUCCCCGCGUUCCUGCGCAUCGCGCUCGCCAGCCAGCAUGCGUUCAGCGUCUUUGACGACUUGCUUGCUUUCCCCCAGUACGAGGUAGUUUUUCCGAACACAUACAUAACCGAAGACGCCGCUACAUCGCUCCUCUCGCACUCCACAUCCCGCAGCACGAGCUCCGCGUCGCCGGAUUCGCAAGAAACACAAGACCUCUCCAAGCCGGGCAAGCACUCGCCCAGGCCGCCCAAAGAUGCCGUGCUUGAACAAACGUAUGAGCCGGUGGUACUAGAAGGACAGCGCUACCUCUGCAGCAUACCGAUCCUGCCCGACGAAACGCCGCAGAACAGCACCGCGUCCGCCGCAGAAGCAAAAGCCGAGGAGGAGAAAGAAUUGAUGCGCGCUACAGAUCGUGGGUGGGAGCUGCUAGAGGGCAUGAACGGGAAUUGCAUAUACUAUCUUAGCGGGUGGUGGAGCUAUAGCUUCUGCUAUAAGGAUGAGGUUAAGCAGUUUCACCAGCUGCCGCCGAGUCGCGGGGUGCCAAUAUACCCUCCGGUGGAGGAUACGACGGUGAAGAGCUUCGUCUUGGGGACGUUUCCGGAUAAGCAGAGGAAGAAGGCGGAGGAGAGGAAGACAUUGGGGGGUGAACAGGGUAGCAAGGAGAGCCCGCUAGACGAUGAGGGAAAUAAAAGGGAAGAUGAAGAGAAGGGCCUAGAUCUUCCGCGGCUAGAGACGAAGGGUUCGAGUAGGUAUAUGGUGCAGCGGCUGUCAGGAGGCACAGAAUGCGAUCUGACGGGCAAGGAACGGAAAAUUGAGGUGCAGUUCCACUGCAACCCUCAAUCCGCCGACAAAAUCGCCAUGAUCAAAGAAAUCAGCACCUGCUCCUAUCUAAUGAUCAUCUACACCCCGCGCCUCUGCAACGACAUCGCGUUCCUCCCUCCACAAGAGAACCUCGCCCACCCUAUAUCCUGCCAACCUGUCAUCGCAGAAUCUGAGGUGGACGAUUGGGCCGUCAAUAGAAUUGAAGAGAAGAUUCGCGAAACGGAACGGCUGGUCGCAGAAUUCGAAGACAACCCGCUGCGCAACAUGGACGCCGGCGCCGAAGGCCACACAAAGCGCGGCCCCAUCAUCGGUGGCAUCGAAGUCGGCGCUCAGAUCCUGGUCGGCAGCGAGGGCAAAGUCAUUGAGAAGAGCGUCGUGGUCGGCGGCGGCAAAGAGACAUUCUUGGGUACUCUGCUGACCAGCGACGGGAAACAGAUGUCAGCCGCGGAGCUUAAGAAGCUGAAUAUGGAUCCGAGCAAUUUGGAGAAGCUGAAGAGGAACUCGCAGAAGAUUGCGGGGAGGAAGGGCUGGAAGUUGGAUUUGAUUGAGACGCCGAGGGGCAGGGAGUUUAGGAUGAUUAUCGAGGCGGAUGAGGAGAUUGAGGAGCAGGGAAAUGGGGACGGGAAGGGCGGUGAUGAGAAGGGGAGGGGGAUGGGAACCGGGAAGGAGGGUGAGGAAAAGGAUGGGGAGCAAGAGGCUGGAGAGAGCGCGGACGGGAGUGAGGAGGUGUAUAAGGAUGAACUAUGA